AUGAAGUUUUUAUUGCCACUGAAUGUAAUCACCUUGAUAUUCUUAGUCCCAUUCGGCUUAUGCGUACCGUACAGUGAUGAAAACGUCUACUUCUAUGUGGUACGUUCACCGAAAAUUGAAAAAAGAAUACACACAGAAGAUGAAACUCUAAGUCAUUAUAAGGAAAAAACGAAAAUUGACACUUCGUCGAAAACCUCUGUCAAGACGACUAAUGGAUCUUCAUUAUCACCAUCCCUUUUCAAAAAUAAGUUUUAUACUGGUUCCAGUGAAAAACCAAACACUACAGCGAACUCGGAAAGUUUAUCUCAGGACAAAAAUUCAGUGAAAUAUGAAAAAGUUAUCAAAAAUCGUCGAGAAAUUUCUGAAGUUAUAAAGCAUAUACCCAAAAGUAAUGGUAAG